GCGGACCCGAGCCGAGCGGCCGCGCCAUGAGCUACCAGCAGCAGCUGGCCAACUCGGCAGCCAUCCGCGCCGAGAUCCAGCGCUUCGAGUCCGUGCACCCCAACAUCUAUUCCGUCUACGAGCUGCUGGAGCGGGUGGACGAGCCGGCGCUGCAGGGCCAGCUCCGCGAGCAUGUCAUCGCCAUCGAGGAUGCUUUUGUGAAUAGCCAGGAGUGGACACUAAGUCGAUCUGUACCAGAGCUGAAAGUGGGAAUUGUGGGGAAUUUAGCUAGUGGCAAGUCUGCACUUGUGCACCGGUAUCUGACUGGCACGUAUGUCCAGGAGGAAUCACCUGAAGAUAUGGAUGCAGGUGGGAGAUUCAAGAAAGAGAUAGUAGUUGAUGGACAAAGCUAUCUGCUGCUGAUUAGAGAUGAAGGGGGACCUCCAGAGGCACAGUUUGCCAUGUGGGUCGAUGCUGUUAUAUUUGUCUUCAGCUUGGAAGACGAAAUAAGCUUCCAGACAGUUUACCACUACUACAGUCGUAUGGCUAACUAUCGUAACACUAAUGAAAUCCCAAUGGUACUAGUGGGAACUCAGGAUGCUAUAAGCUCUAAUAAUCCACGUGUUAUUGAUGAUGCCAGAGCAAGAAAGUUGUCGAACGAUUUGAAGAGAUGCACUUACUAUGAAACCUGUGCUACUUACGGACUGAAUGUGGAAAGGGUCUUCCAAGAUGUUGCCCAGAAGAUUGUGGCAACAAGGAAGAAACAGCAGCUUUCAAUAGGCCCCUGCAAAUCUUUACCAAACUCUCCAAGUCACUCGUCCGUGUGUUCUGCCCAGGUUUCUGCUGUACAUAUCAGCCAGACCAGUAAUGGAGGAGGGAGCUUAAGUGAUUAUUCCUCCUCUGUUCCAUCAACUCCAAGCACCAGUCAGAAGGAGCUACGGAUUGAUGUUCCUCCCACUGCCAACACUCCAACACCUGUUCGUAAACAGUCCAAGCGCCGCUCCAACCUCUUCACGUCUCGGAAAGGGAGUGAUCCAGACAAAGAGAAGAAAGUCCUGGAGAGCAGAACAGAUAGCAUUGGAAGUGGCCGUGCAAUCCCAAUUAAACAGGGUGUGCUGCUAAAGCGAAGUGGCAAGUCAUUGAAUAAAGAGUGGAAGAAGAAAUACGUUACGUUGUGUGACAACGGUGUACUGACCUAUCAUCCCAGUUUACAUGUAAGUAUACCACACUCUUUGCAGUCAGCACUUGUCAGACCACAGAUCAAAUACUGUUAG